AAAACAUAUUUACAAGCACGCUAUGACUUUCUACACGAUAAUAACUUUUACAUGCAUAUUACAUAACAUCAUCACCGUUGUAAAUGGUUAUCCAAGUUGGAAAAAUAUGGAUAGAUCUCAAAAUUUAUUAAUAAAUAAUAUUGAUAAGAAAAAAGAUGGAUCUGCGUUUAUAUCUCGAGGAUGGGCUGCAGGUGGUAUGCCAUUCAAUGUCCUAUACUUGAGUCAACCUCCACCGACACGAAUGAAUAAUCUAUCACCGGCUUCAACGCUAUCAUCAUUUAAACAACAUAAAAUGACUUCGUCAACAAAUCAAAAACAUAAUUCAAAAUCAAAUGAAAUCGUAAAUCAAACGCCACGACAUCCUCCAGCUCCUGCUGGUACCCGAAAGAAUACAUUUCGUAAAUCGUAUUCGGUGAUACCACAAUUAUUUGUCUCCUAUGGAUGGGGUCCCUUAGGACGUAAAUAGGAAAAUGAAACAUAUAUGGAACAACAAGUAACAAUUCUAUUGAUGUUUUUUGUGUUAUUCCGGGUGAAAAAUCUCAAUGAC